AUGGCCGACAAUCCUUCAGCCGCUUGGCCGCUGGCCGAUGAGGCUCUGUCGCAGUCUAUCUACGACCUUGUCCAACAAGCAUCGCACUACCGCCAGUUGAAGAAGGGAGCCAACGAAGCAACCAAGACUCUUAACCGUGGUACCGCGGAGAUCAUUGUCCUUGCUGCAGACACCACUCCCUUGGCCAUUCUGCUCCAUCUCCCCUUGCUCGCCGAAGACAAGAACGUUCCGUACGUCUACGUCCCGAGUCGAGUCGCCCUGGGCCGAGCGUGUGGUGUCAGCCGCAGCGUAAUUGCCGCCAGCAUCACCACGAACGAGGGAAGCGACUUGACUCCGCAGAUCCGCGCGCUCAAGGACAAGGUCGAGCGACUGAUGAUCUAA